CUUUUUGACUAUCAUCAAACCAUUUUUGGUGGUAAGCAUUCAAAUAUGGAUUGGAUCAAGUGGAUUGGUUUCGUGUAAAUUUUGUGGAUUGGGUUAGAUUGGAUCAGGAAUUCAAAAAGUAUGGAGUUUCUGAAAUUUCAUGAAACUUUUACUACAUUUAUGAUCUCAAAAACUUGAUUACUGGAAUGUGGACUGUGGAGGCAUGAUACAAGUUGAUAAUUAUCUGCCAUAUAAUAUUAGAGUGUUGUAUAUAAUAAAUACAUGUAUAAAACAAUUACAUCAUAAAUAAAAUAUUGCUAAAAUAUAUGUAAUUAACCCCAGACCAUUAACGGCCCAUAGGACACUGAGGACAUUACCUAAACAGGUGAUGCCAUGAUAAUCUAGUGGGAUCCAUGGCUUCACAACGAUCUUUGUAUCGAGUUGCUACAAGUAUCUGCCACUCAUAUGGUGAAUACCAGCCCAUUUCUGCGCACACAGCAAGGUUGAGGGGUGUACAAUCCAGGGUACAGUUUAUACAGGGUGACUCAAUUUAUUUAUGUAGUCACAUACAAAUAAAUGUAGUUGUACAGUAUGUAUCAUAUGUUCAAGCAUCUGCUUGCAAACUCUGGAAAUUCCACAUUUUGAAAAUGCUCCAUCCUCUCCACCUUUUACAUGAAACCAACCCAAUUCAAUCCAUUCUAACGAUACAAUCCAUACCUUAAUGGUAGAAUCUUUUAUUGCUUAUUGCUUGUUAUCAGGACUUAUUGCAUCAGUUGUACUGAGAUUUUUUGUUGUUGUCGUUGUUUAUAGUUUGCAUAAUAAUACAAAAAAUAAAGGGGUUUAUCAC